AUUAUUAAUUUAAUAGGAUCAAAAUUUAUACGCAAUUGCACUGCUUUUCCCAACCCAAAAGGGCAAAGUAAAGAAGCCGUCUCUCUCUCUCAUUCAGCAUCAAUUCUGCUCGCAAUCGCACGUUCUCUUUUCUCCCAAGUAACGAAAACAACACCGAAAAAACAAUAGAAAAAGGAAUCCCCUGAUGUGAUGUGGGACUCCCAGUGGUGGUGUUCUUUCGUCCCCAAAACACUCCAAAAACAGUCCCACCACCCGCUUCUCGUAACACAGGCCCCGAACGACGCCGUAUGCUCCAACUGUGUUUCCAUCUCCGCCAUCGCCAGGAUGCUGACUUCUUGGCUCAAUCGCCGUCGGAUGAGAUACUUGUUUCUGAUCCUAUGCAGCCCUUUUCUUCUCCCUUUGUUCUGCGCCUCCUGCCCCUUCAUCUGCGUAUGCUACUUGAUGUGCCGGAAACGGCGGAAGGCGGAUGCUGGCCGCGGAGAAUCGCGGAGCGAUCACGGGGAGGUUGGAGACGAAGUAGGAUUGCUGCAGAGGUACCUGGAAGAUCAGCUGUUGCUUGUGGUUGGAUCUGUGUACGAGUGCGGGGACGGUGAUGAGAAUGACGGGGCCGAUGUGGAAUAUUUUGAUAGUCCGAGGCCUCUUCUGCAAUAACGCAAAAUUGACAAUUGAUAUACUACCGUCUCCUCUCCUUUUUAUUUAUUUCUUCUUCUUCUUUUAUUAUUAUUAUUUUUUUCUUUUUUUAGUUUUUCUUGUGAGUGUAUACAUGUUAAAAAGUCAACUCAACAACAGAAAUUUCUGACUUUGCAGUACAUACUUGUCUUUCUAUC